AGGGGGCUUCCGGCCGGCUGGCCCGUUGUCGCGGGGGGCCCGGCGGGGCCCGGCUAUGUGAGCGCCGGCGCCUUCUCCUCGCGGAGCUGACUCCCGAUGUCCUGCCAUGGAUGAUGAUAGCCAGGAUGAACUGAUAAACAAGAACGCUGCGCUAGGCAAGGGCAGGAGACAGAGCCUGGCACUCCUCAGUGAAGCAGAAAGCAAUGGUGAAAAUAGCUGUGACUCGGAAGAUGAUACUGGAAGUGAGGAGGAAGAUGACACUGAGGAGGAGGGAGGUGAGAAGGACAAGGAAGAAAGUGAAGAUGAAGAAUUAGAAGAUUGUGAAGAUGAUGAAGAGGAUGAGGAAAAUGAAACUGCUGUGGGGGGAAUGACAGGUUCUCUGAAAUUAGAGCCACACACAAAUGGAGCAAACGUUUCCUCUGAUGAGGAUGGUGAGAACUGCCCAAUUUGCCUCAACACAUUUAGGGAUCAGGCUGUUGGAACUCCUGAGAACUGUUCCCAUUACUUCUGCUUGGACUGCAUAGUGGAGUGGUCUAAAAAUGCCAACUCCUGUCCGGUGGAUCGAAUCCUCUUUAAGUACAUUAGUAUUCGAGCACGUUUUGGUGGUAAAAUUUUAAAAAAGAUUCCUGUUGAGAACACAAAAACUCAGGGUAAUGAUGGAGAGGAUGAUCCAACCUUCUGUGAGGUGUGUGGCAGAAGUGACCGUGAGGAUCGCCUGCUGCUGUGUGAUGGCUGUGAUGCAGGGUAUCACAUGGAAUGCCUUAAUCCACCUCUGAGUGAAGUCCCUGUGGAUGAAUGGUUCUGUCCAGCCUGUUCCCCUAUGGAUAUCAGUGCUGCUGCAGAAACAGAUCAUGUGAGCGAAGAAGAAGUUGCUGCCCUUGUGGCUGAUGUUAUUCCUACCACAAGUAGGCUACGCCCUCAUGUCCGAACCCGAGCUAUAGCCAGGACUCGGCAAAGUGAACGAGUUAGGGCAACAGUGAACAGGAAUCGGAUAACAACUGCGCAACAAAUUCAGCAUGUGCCGAGGUACCUCAUGUCCUCUCUUCUGGAUGAAACAAUUGAGGCAGUUGUAGCAGGCCUAAACACAGCCAUUUAUCAGCGACCUCUUACACCACGAACUCCAAGGCAGAAAAGAAAAACAGGUAGGAGGAAGAAAGUAGCAGGCAAAAAAAGAACUCCAACAAAAUCUUCUGUUGGGAAGAAGAGUUCAGGAACACAGCUGAAGAGACACAAGCGUCUGAAGAAGAGAAGAGGGAAAAAGAUGAGAAUAAGAUCACACGUAAAAAAUGAAGUUACUACUCGUUCCCGUAUUGCAAGAACUCUUGGUCUUGGAAAACCCAUGUGUGGAGCUUCAAUUCCUUCCAUAUACAAAGCAACAGAGCCCUCACUUGGUCUUAUGAGAGCAGAUAUUGGUGCAGCUUCUCUGUCUGUAUUUGGAGAUCCUUAUGAAUUAGAUCCUUACGAAAGUAAUGAAGAGGUUCCAGCAAAUCUAGAUUCACCGGUGAGUGCAAAAAGAAGAGUUCUCUCGCAGUCGGCAUUGAGGUCUCAUCGUCCUGUAGCUAGACCCAUUUCUGUAGGAAUUCCCAGAAGCAGUGUACCUGCCUUGAGUCCUGAUCAAGAAACAGAAGCUGCACCCGUGCCUGACCUGCUGGGAAGUAUCCUGUCUGGACAGAGCUUCCUCAUGAUGAGUAGUUCAGAUGUGGUCAUCAACAGAGAUGGCUCACUGACAGCAAAGAAGACAGCUCCGCUUCCUAGAAAAUCAACGAGUGAUUCCGUAGUGGAUGAUGGUUCAGGACGUAAUCUUCAACAAAGUGCAGUGCACUCAGGGACCACAGCAAGCAGCUCUGUUGCUGGACCUUCAGUUUCCUUGGGGGUAAAUCCUCACACCAGACCCACAUCAUCAAGCUUGUUUUCAUCACCUUCGCCCUCAUUGAGCAAGACUGAACCUGCACCAAACCCUGCACAAACUACAUCAGAAAAGGCAACUGUCAGAUCAGAAUAUUCAGUGAUGCCCAGAUCUGCUCAGACUCGCAGUAUGCCUAGUUUGAGCAGGCAUGGCUCCAAGUCAAAUGAAAUGCCCAGAUUUAAUGGAAACUCUAAACAAUUUGCACCCUCUGAUGCAUCUUCAAAGACCCCAAGCUGUAACCUGAAUUCCGGUUCAAAAGCUGUAAAUGUGAGGCAGCUGUUAAAACCACCUCUUAAGAGAAUUGAUGUCUCUGAGCUUCCCAGGAUACCAAAGAUUAAAAAGGAAACCAGCAGCAAGCACAUGGAACCAGAUCCCAUAGGAAACCCAAGCUGUGACAUCCCUAGCUCCUGUAUAACCCAGCUAACUGGUAAAGAGGGCACUAAUCAGCUGGGUAAGGGUAACAAGGUGGAAAGUCAGAAGUCAGAUGCCAAGGAAUCUCAGCAACAAAUCCGUAUGAGUGGGUUAUCUUUUUCUACCAGUAUAGGCACGUGUAGCAGUUCAUCACUACUGAGCACUUCAAGAGGCAAAGGCCCAAGCUCUUUUGAGAGUUUUAAAAUUAAUAUUCCUGGAAAUGCAGGGCAUUCCAGCAGACUGUCUAACCCAGGAUUUUGUAACACCUUCCGCCCUGUUGAUGACAAGGUGCAGCAGAAAGAAAGUUCUUCACCUCUUUUCCCUGUUAAGAAAAAACAGGUCAAAAGUGAAAUAUAUGAUCCCUUUGAGCCAACAGGGUCAGACUCAAGUUCAGCAAACAGCAGUCCUGAAAGGCUUGGCUCAGGGAUCCCACUGACUAAUAUUACCAGGACUAUUUCCAUUGAAAAUCCAAAAGUUCAAACAUUUCAAACUGUCCGUCGUUUUACUCCCUACACAGUAGAAAAUAUAUUUGGUUCUGGGGCUGAAUCUGAUGUACCAUCUAGUAACUCAGCAUCUCAUGGUGAUGUGACAGUAGAAAGCAGGAUUGUAGAACAGAUCUCUGAUACAGAAGAACAAGAUAAUAUGGGUAGGAAAGACUUUCUAAGCAGUGCUUGCACUUCAUCUGCUGUUAAGCAAAUUUCUGAUGCAGAAUGUUUAAAGGAGGAAAGCAGAGAGGGCCCUAAUGUGUUCUUUAAAGCUGAAGAAUUGAUUAGACCUAAUAUUAAUGUGAAACUAGAACCAACCAGUCCAUCAAAGAGUGAUGGGCAGCAAAGAGUCCAAAAAAUAGAACAGAGAGAGAGGCAAUCACGUUCCAGAUCCUGUUCAGACUCCAGUUCCCAAAGCAAGAAAAAGACUAAAAGGAAAAAGGCACUUGUCAAAGAGUGUAAGAGAUCCCGAUCAGGAUCUAGGGAUAGACCACACUCAAGGGACCGAAGCUCCAGGUCCACCUCUUGGUCAAGUGGAGAAGAGCAUAGCAAAACACACAUGUCAAAAGUCAAGAGCAGAAAGUCUUCUACUGACUGUUCUAGUAGUCAUGAGCGAUCUAAAAAAAAGAAAAUGAAGGAUAAAACCAAAGAUAAAAAGGCAAAAACUUCCUGGUCUAGGGAGAGGAGGAAAUCUAGGUCACGUUCAGGGAGCCCUGGAAGUACUUCAGAGUUUUAUGAAAAUAGGAAAAAGAAAAGACCAUCACAGUCAAGAUCAAGAUGGAGGGAACAUUCCCGAUCAAAUAGUGUUGAGAGGACUAAGAGGCGGAAACAUAGGAAGGACAAAAGCUAUGAGAGGUAUGACAAAGAUAGUAACUUGAAGUCCAGAGAGAGAAAGAGAUCAAGAUCCAGGUCUCGGGAGAGGAGAAAAUGGAGGUCUCAGUCUCGCUCUGCAUCUCGGUCUCGGGAGCACAAAAGCACUAAGUCGAAGGAGAAGAUGCCACGAUCGAGAUCGCGUUCCAAAGAAAGAAAACACAAAUCAAAAGAGACUUUUCCUCCACUAGAGAAGGAUCAAAAGUCUACAGCAGAAAAUGUAUCCAGAUGUCUGGAGCAACCCCAUUCCUUCAAACAAGAGCCUAAGGAGGAGGUAGCACUAGAACAGAUUUCCAUAACCAUCCAACCAAACAUCAAACUUGAGGAGGAAAUACAAACUGAGAUCCCAGUACAACUGAGAGAAGACCAAGAGAGAAUAAAGGUGGAACAGAUCUGUGAGGACAUGACAAAUGAAACUGCAUUCCCUGUGCCAGAGAACACAGGCAUUUCUGUUCCAGUUGGCAGCAUGGAUUCUUUUGCUGAAAAGGAAUUGAUGAAUAACAGUGAUUUGGCCACACUUGGUAGCUGUAGCAAUACAAACCUUGAGAUUACAGUUAAAAUAGAAAACACAGCUGCGUGCCCAUCUCUGAUGGAACCACCUCUGAAGAAGGAAGUUACCGUCCAAGCUCUAACUGAGGCUGCACCAAUUCAAAGUUCAUCCAAAACUGAAAUAACAGACUGUGUGAAAGAUGUUAAAGAUGAGUGCCUUGUGUCAAAUGAAAAAGCCAGUAAUUUCAAUAAGCCCGAACUGGAGGUGGUAUCUCAGGGUCCUAUGUUGAAAUCUAAAGCACCAGUGAAAAGAGUUACCUGGAAUCUUCAGGAGGAAGAAGGCGGUGUGGUGUGUGCUGGAAAAGCUCCUAGGAUGCCAUUUUACAGACUUCAGAGAGCAAAAGAAGGGGCCUGGAAAGCUGAGGACUUGAACCAAACAUUAAAUCAGGUGCAGUUAAAUGAGCCUCCUCCAACCAAUUAUAUGAUUCCUGAGCCUAUGUUUCCUGAUCUAGAUUCCUCUCAGGUGUACUGUCAAAAUAUACCUUUGACGCCACCUCUGCCCUCAAGCCUUCCCCCCUAUGCACCUGUCAGCCAGCCCACGGUUCAGUUUAUCAUGCAGGGCAGUCUUCCAGCGCUUGGCUGUGUGGCAGGGCAGAGCUUGACUCCAGAGCCAGGCAGCCUGGCUACUGCAUCCGAACCAGGAAUUCAAGCUGCUUCCAUAGGAAACACAGAAGAGAAGAUGAAAGCACCCAAACCUCCACUGGAUAAAACAAAAAAUGAAGAAUACAUGAAGAAGCUUCACAUGCAGGAAAGGGCUGUGGAAGAGGUGAAACUUGCUAUUAAACCCUUUUACCAGAAGAGGGAGAUUACGAAGGAGGAAUACAAGAGUAUUCUGCGAAAAGCAGUGCAAAAGAUCUGCCACAGCAAAAGUGGAGAAAUCAACCCUAUGAAGGUAGCCAAUCUGGUAAAGGCAUAUGUGGAAAAAUACAAACAUAUGAGGAAGCAUAAGAAGUCUGAUGGUGAAGAUGCACGUGAAGUGGAAAACUGAAAAUGAGCCAGUGCCAGCAUAGCUUGGAUUGAACUUACUCUGGCCAAGAACAUGAUUAUUCCAGAGGGAAUAAUAGAUCUGCAGUUGCAUCUCAUUGAAAACAAAGUGCAGAGAAACAAGAUGCUAAUAGGAUUUGUCUGCUGAAUCUACUUUUGAAUUGUUUCCAUAUGGGAAUGGACUUUUUUUUUUGAUUACCUGCAGAUGUAGAACUAAAUCAUCAAAUGCCUCAGACCAGCAGAGUAACUCCAGGGCAAACAGAUUAAUGUUUGGGACUCCCAAAUUGCUACAAUUUUCAGGGUUGCUUUAGUCACAGUUUUGGGCUGUGCACCUGUCUCGCUAAAAGUUUGAAACUGGACACCACUUUUCAUAUACAGUAUAUCAAGAACUAUAUACUGUUUCCUUUGUGUUUAUUUAUCAAAUAUGGAUUGUCUUUAGAACUCCUGAUUUGAUACUUGAAAUAUGGUAUUUUUAGCCCACUCGAUGGUGAGUGAAGCUUUAAUUGCUCUGUCAUUUGGGGAUUGCAAAAGUGAGCUCACCUUUAUAAAUUGACUUUAGAAACACUGCUCAAGCUGUGGUGUUUAUUUACAUUUUGUUGGACAUAUCUUGUUACUAAAGAGUUUAAUUUUGGGGUGGGAGAUUAUGUUGCACUUCUGUAAAUAAUGCACUGAUGGCUGGUUUUGUGUCUGCCUUUCAGGAAAAACGAAACAAAGCAAACAUGAAUUUUCAGUACAAGCUUGAGGGAUAAGAUGAACUGAUGUACAAAGCAGAAAUGUGACAGAAUUUAUAAAGUUAUUUUGAAUGGU